CCGAUUGGAUUUAGCCAUAAGUAUCCUCGAGAGCUACGAACCAUGUCCUCAAUCUCUCCUGACUGCCGCUCCCUUUCCUUGUCCUCCAUUGACCCAUAACAUCUCACCAACAUGAUCGGCUCUUCGAGUUGUCGUCUUGUAACGAACCUGCUUUUGUUGGCAAAUUGCGCCAGCUUUGCACAUGCGCAGACCUUCGGGAGGCGUAGGCGCACGGGCAUCGCCGGCGGAGCUAUCGCUGGCAUAGUUAUCGCUGCACUCGCCGUCAUCUUCCUUUGUCUCCUAUGUUCGGUCUUCCGGCGACGUCGCCAAAUGCGAUUUAUGUCGCCUAUGGGCGCCCCACCCACGGGAUAUAAUGGCGCGCCAAGCGGUCGCAAAGUCGGCUUCAUGUAUUUCCCGAAUCGCACUGGACAGAACUCUGGUGCUGGAAUGGCAGAGGCCGGGAUGGGAACCGGCGCUGGCUACGGUCAUAAUAACCCCGGACAUGGUACCUAUGGUGGUGGCGGUGACCGGAUGCAGAUGCCGCAAGCCGCACCCGCGCCCGGCCCUACGCACCCUGAACAGAUCAACAUGCCUUCCCCACCUCCGGUUUACCAACCUACCAACAAAGGAUAUGCACCACCUCCCGGAGCGCCUCCCGCUGCUCACACCCAACACGAAUAUGCUCCCCCGACUGGUCCUCCCCCGCCCAAAGCUUGAGCACCUGUUCCAGACUUCCAAUGUGACAUAUGGUAUGACGGAUGUCAUACUGUAUGAAGCAGUGCGUGUAAUGAUACGCGG